GUCGAGCUCCCAGUGGAAGAUGGCGGUGGGGAUGCUGUCUGGGGCUGGAGCACAGUUCUGGAUUUGCAUUAAAAGCGAACUCGUGUGGACAUAAAGGACAAAAUGAACAUACUCCCUUGUCUUCUCCUCGAGGUGUGGACUCUUUUCGGGAUUGUUUAACUAGAGCCUGCUGCUGUUAUUUCUGGCAGAAAUCCGGGCUCCUUGUCGGGGAUUCACAGACUACAUACAGAGGCAGGUUGGGAGUGAAAAGUGGACUAAAAAUGUCGGAUACAAAGGUAAAAGUUGCAGUGAGAGUCCGGCCCAUGAACCGCAGGGAAAUUGAACUGAACACAAAAUGUGUCGUGGAUAUGGAGGACAACCAAACGGUUCUACACCCACCACCCUCAAAUGCAAAAGGAGACAACAGGAAACAAUCUAAGGUGUUUGCUUUUGACCACUGUUUCUGGUCCAUGGAUGAGUCCAAUGUUCCCAAAUAUGCUGGUCAAGAGGUGGUGUUCAAGUGCCUUGGAGAGGGAAUACUUGAAAAUGCAUUCCAGGGAUAUAAUGCCUGCAUAUUUGCCUAUGGACAAACAGGUUCAGGCAAGUCCUUUUCCAUGAUGGGGAACGGGGAGCAGCCGGGUCUGAUCCCUCGACUCUGCUGCUCUCUGUUUGAGAGGGUCCACAGGGAGGAGAACGAGGGCCACACUUUCAAGGUGGAAGUGUCCUUCAUGGAGAUCUACAACGAGAAAGUCCGCGACCUGCUGGAUCCAAAAGGGAGCCGACAGUCCCUGAAAGUUCGGGAACACAAAGUGUUGGGUCCAUAUGUGGAUGGUCUGUCUCAGCUGGCUGUGACCAGCUUUGAGGACAUCGAGGUGUUAAUGUCGGAGGGGAACAAAUCUCGCACAGUUGCAGCCACCAACAUGAACGAGGAGAGCAGUCGAUCGCACGGCGUCUUCAGUAUCAUUGUCACACAAACGCUUUAUGAUCUAAAAUCUGGGAAUUCAGGGGAGAAAGUGAGCAAACUGAGUCUGGUCGACCUGGCAGGAAGCGAGCGAGUGUCCAAGACCGGAGCUGCUGGAGAGAGACUCAAGGAAGGCAGCAAUAUUAACAAGUCUCUCACCACAUUAGGCUGUGUGAUUUCUGCUCUCGCUGAUCAGUCUGCUGGAAAGGGGAAAGCCAAGUUCGUGCCGUACAGAGACUCAGUCCUCACUUGGCUACUGAAGGACAACCUUGGUGGCAAUAGCAAGACAGCCAUGAUAGCCACAGUGAGUCCUGCAGCCGAUAACUACGAGGAGACUCUGUCCACGCUCCGUUAUGCCGACAGGGCCAAGAGAAUUGUCAACCACGCUGUGGUGAAUGAAGACCCCAACGCUCGGAUCAUCAGAGAGCUCAGGGAGGAGGUGGAGAAGCUCAAAGUUCAGCUCUCUCAGGCCGAGUUGAUGAAGGCUCCUGAGCUGAAGGAGAAACUGCAUGAAUCUGAGAAACUCAUUCAGGAGAUGACGGUCACCUGGGAGGAGAAGCUGAGAAAGACAGAGGAGAUCGCCACUGAACGUCAGAAGCAGCUGGAGAGUAUGGGCAUCUCUCUGGAAACAUCAGGGAUUAAAGUGGGAGAAGACAAGUGUUUCCUGGUCAACCUGAACGCUGACCCUGCCCUCAAUGAACUGCUGGUCUACUACCUGAAGGAGCACACGCGUGUGGGCGCGGACACGUCUCAGGACAUCCAGCUGUUUGGGAUCGGUAUCCAGCCGGAGCACUGCAUCCUGGAGCUCUGCCCAGACGGCGACGUCACCCUCAUGCCCAUAGGGAAUGCCAGAACCUGUGUGAACGGCACAAUGAUUGAUUCCUUGUCGCACUUGUGGCAUGGAGAUAGAAUCUUAUGGGGAAACAACCACUUCUUCAGGAUUAAUCUACCUAAUCGAAAGCGGCGGGACCGUUUAAAGGAGCUGGAGAGAGCAUCUCCUAGAGAGAGCUUCAUCGAGGCAGAUGUUGAAACAGCCAGCGAGGCCUCCUCUGAACAGGACUACAGCUACGAGUUUGCCCAGAUGGAGGUCAUGAUGAAGACUCUGGGAAACAAUGACCCUAUGCAGAAUGUGGUCCAGGUGCUGGAGAAGCAGUACCUGGAGGAGAAACGGACGGCUCUGGAGGAGCAGAGGAUGAUGUAUGAACGAGAGCUGGAGUCACUACGGCAACAGCUGUCGCCUGAGAAGACAUCACUACACCACCGCAGCAGCAGCGAGCGGCUUACUUUCCCGACACACACACCACACAGCAAACUGCGGCUGUGGACGGAGGACAGGGAUGAGCUCUUCCGUCAGAGUCUUUCUCGGCUCAGGGAGCAGGUUGUGAAAGCCAACACCUUGGUGCGAGAAUCCAACUUUUUGGCAGAAGAGAUGAACAAACUGACCGACUAUCAGGUCACCCUUCAAAUCCCUGCAGCCAACCUCAGCGCCAACCGCAAGCGUGGAGCAAUAGUGAGUGAACCGGCUAUUCAGGUGCGGAGGAAAGGGAAGGGGACCCAGGUGUGGACCAUUGAGAAGCUGGAAAACAAGCUAGUGGACAUGAGAGACCACUACAGGGACUGGAGGGAAGGAGCAGAGGAGACAAAUAACAAGGCAAACGGUCAUUACUGUGAGCCGUUCUACGAGGCGCAAGAGAAUCACAAUCUCAUCGGAGUAGCCAACAUUUUUCUGGAGUGCCUUUUCCAUGAUGUCAAACUGCAAUAUGCUGUCCCCAUCAUCAGCCAACAGGGAGAGGUAGCAGGCAGGUUGCACAUUGAGCUGAUGCGGGUGAGUGGAGCUGUACCAGAGCGCCUGUGUGGGGGAGACGACUCGUCCGAGAACUCCAGUGAGAGCAGCUGCUACGAGGUGAUGGACACCAACGGCGAGAUUGUCCACAUGACCAAGAGGCUAACCUGCAGGGUGCGGAUCAGGGAGGCCACUGGUCUGCCGCUCAACCUGUCCAACUUUGUUUUCUGUCAGUACACCUUCUGGGAGCAUGGUGAGCCCACUGUGGCUCCUCCCAUGGUCAGCCCAGACAGACCUUCCCCUCGAAGCCCAGACGCCCAGUUUACUGUCCAGUUUGAUCACUGCAAGGACUAUGUUGUGCAUGUGACGGACGAGUUCUUGGAGUUUAUAUCAGAUGGGGCGUUGGCCAUAGAGGUGUGGGGUCACCGCUGUGCUGGAAACAAACGCUCACUCUGGGAGUUGGAUGCACUGGAGGCGAAGACCCAGACUCUUAGAGACCGGUGGAAUGAGGUGUCUCGCAGGAUCGAGCUGUGGACCUCCAUCCAGGAGCUGAAUGAGCAGGGGGAGUACUCGUCUGUGGAGCUGCAUCCUGGAAAAGACAUCAACACGGGUGGAGUCUUCCAACUCCGACAGGGUCACUCCAGGAGGCUGCAGGUGUGUGUGAAGCCGGUCCAAAACUCAGGCACGCUGCCUCUGCUGGUGGAGGCCAUGCUGUCCGUCUCUAUCGGCUGUGUGUCUGCUCGCUCCACCAAACUACAGAGACCUCUCGACAGCUACCAGAGAGAGGUGGAAGAAGAUGUGGAUAGUUAUCAGGAGGAAGAUCUCAACUGUGUUCGAGAGCGCUGGUCGGAGGCCCUCAUCAAACGUCGGGAGUAUCUUGAUGAACAGAUUAAGAAAAUCAUCAACAAACACGAGAAGUCAGAGGAGGACAUUGAGCGUGAGGCUCGGCUGGUGGAGCAAUGGGUCGGCCUCACGGAGGAGAGAAACGCAGUGCUGGUUCCUGCACCUGGCAGUUGCAUCCCCGGAGCUCCUGCGGACUGGACCCCACCUGCAGGAAUGGAAGCUCACAUCCCUGUACUCUUCCUGGAUUUAAAUGCGGAUAAUCUGACAGUAGUUGAGCAGCUGAGCGGCCCACAUGCUGCAGGUGUUAACUCCAUCCUGCCCAAAGAGCAUGGAAGCCAGUUCUUCUAUCUGCCCAUCAUCAGACACAGCGAGGAGGAGGUGUCUGCAGUUUGCUCCUGGGACUCAUCCAUACACGAUUCUGUGCACCUCAACCGUAUCACGUCUCCUAAUGAACGUAUUUAUCUGAUCAUCAAAGCCACGGUGCAGCUCAGCCACCCAGCCUCCAUGGAGCUGGUGCUCCGCAAGAGGAUCGCUGUCAACAUCUACAACAAACAGAGCUUCACUCAGAGUCUCAAGCGGAGAAUGUCCAUUAAGAACUCGCUUUAUUCCUGUGGUGUUACUUAUGAGAUCGUUUCCAACAUACCAAAGGCCUCAGAGGAGUCAGAGGAAAGGGAAACCUUGGCCCUCAUGGCUGCUCGCGGGGACAGCGAGGAGACUCGGGAUGGAGAAACGUACAUUGAGAAGUACACACGGGGAGUUCUGGAAGUGGAGAACAUCCUCAGUCUGGAGAAGCUCCGACAGGCUGUGACAGUAAAGGAAGCGCUCACUGCCAAAGGGAGACACCUAAGAAGGAGUAUCAGCACACCAAAUGUACAGAAUUCUUCGUGUAGUAAAUCAGACCUGACUGGUUUUGAGGAUGAAGAGUGUAAGGACCACUGUGAUCAUGGGGACAGCACCAACUGCAAUCCCCCAGAGGGCUCACUUUGUAAUACACCCAUAAAAAGCAAAGAGAAUCCAGGUUUGGUUCCAGAGAGCCCUACGUUUUUCAACUCCAGCCCCUUUAAAGUCCUCUCUCCUCAGCCACCCAAGUUCCUCAAAUCUCUGCUGCCCGUCAAAGAGGAGAACAAGGCCAAGAAAGCCCUGGAGGCUCGGCCCCUGCUUGGACAAGAGAGCAUGCGCUCAUGUGUGGACAGCACUGCACUGCUCCCCCCUCCCUGCUCCUGGCACCGGCCCAGGGCAGGCAGCGAGGGCCACUGCACGCCUUCCACCUCCACCUCCACCCUCACCUCCACUCCCACCAGCAGACAGCUCAGCCGCACACUGCCGCUCACUGCUCAGGACUCUGAGGAUGAGGAGACCCCUGUGGACAUGAUGCUGAAUCUCGAUCGGAGCGCUCAGGACCACAGCAGCUUCCAUCCUUACAUCCCAGAAGACUUCGCAAACUUUGAGAUUUACAACGCCACUCUGGAGAGCCAGGAUGGCUUUCUGUCCUCCCGCUUUGACUCAAAGGGAAGCCGGUGUGGAGGUGGGGGUGGGGAGAGGGAGGUGCCUCGAAGCCCCACGACCAGCAGCUGCACCAGUGGCUACUUUUCACACAGUGCCUCCAACGCCACUUUGUCUGACAUGCCGUUCAGUGCCAGCGAGAGCUCCGACCACCUCAGCUGCACCUCCAGAGACACCCAGGACCCCGCUGGCAGCCAUGCUGGAAGAGGCUGCACCCAAACCAAAAGUGUUUCUGCAGGGACUGACACCCAGCAGGUCCCUCUCUCUGCAGGCGGGGAUCCGGAUCUGCUCAGUCAACCUGCCUCCUCUCCUGUCAGAAUCCCUAACUGCACAGACAAGCAGGAAACAUAUCCUCUGCCUCAUGACUUUGUACUCAGUGCCAGUCAGGAGUUCACUGACUUUAAAGGUGCUGAAGACAGUAUAGGAGACGGGGAAUUAGCAUGUUUUACUGAAGGAUGGGAACAGAAAGGAUUGGAGUCCUCUACAGACAAGCAAAAGGAACCACAUAACUUAGAAACAUGUGAUACAGGCAAUAAAAACCUCUCUGAUAUCUCUGUAAUUAUAGAUACAUCUGAUCCUGAAAACACUUCUAUAUUCAAAUGUCCAAAUAUUACAAACACUAUCCCACUAUCUGUGCCUGACAAAGUCCCAGCUCCAUCUCCAGCGUCAUCGUCCCCAGUCACACUGUUAUCCACAGCUCCAUCCUCAGCUCCAACUCCUCGGGCAGGAGGGGAACCUCCAAUCCAGGAGCCAGCUCAGGGAGAUCUGCCCCACGGGAGUCCCUGUCCCAGCCCGAACCCCAGCAGCGCAGAGCCCUCGGGCGAUUCCAGCGGAGAUGAGAGCACCCCUGUGGCUCAGCUUCCUGACUGGAUGGCCCCUGGCGAGCUGGUGUGGGUGGGGAAGAGGAGAGGAACGGUCCACUAUGUCGGAGGAGUGGAGUUUGCUAAGGGGAUCUGGAUUGGAGUGAAGCUGGACAUGGCAGUGGGUAAGCACAACGGGACUGUACAGGACAGAGUCUACUUCCGCUGUCCCCCGGGCCACGGUGUGUUUGUGAAGCCAUCUCGCCUCACCAGGGGACCACCCAACAUGGACACAGAACCUCAGACUCUGAUCAGAUAGGACCCAGAGAUGGACCGGCUUCCUUAUGAAUGGCAGGGACCAUGAGGGUGGGUCCUCAGACCUAGUGCCUAAAACCUCUCCUUCGAUCCCUUUGACCACUCAAGCCUCCGAGCUGAUAUAUUCUGUAGAUCUCUGCUUUCUUAAAGCAUUUCUGACCUGUGCAUUGAUGAAGGUAUAUCCAAUCUACUGUCCACUGAACAUUCACUAUGCACAUAUCUGGGUUUUUUACAUGGUGAUAUUUUUGAUAGAGAACUUUUAACUGGGAGUCCAUAUGGAAGUAUUACCCUCAUACCUUUUCUUACAUUGGUUUCUGAGCGUUAUAUGUAAUAUUUUUGUAAGAGAAUACAUCCUCCCCUGAGGCUCAUAAUGGAGAAAUCUGAGAAAUGAAGAAUAAGAAUGUACUACUGUUAAUAAAAUCAUUGAUAUUUACAUCAAUAUGAUACGUCAGGGGUAACCAAAGAACUACGGUUCCAUGUCUGCUGUUAUAAGUAAUAUGUUAUUUUUCUAAUGUGCUUACGUGGAGAUAAAUAUAUUAUAUAUAUAUAUAUCUGUGUAAAAGUCAAGCUUAGUGCCAUAUCUCUUGGAGUAAUGUCACAUACCCUGAACAGAGGACAAACUGCAAAACCCUGAGCUCAGUGUCUGACUGCAGUUCUGAUGUUUUAUUAUCCUGUUGAAGUACUGUAACACUGUGGAAGAAAUAAUCCCCAUCCAGCAUGAGACUGUUUGCUGUUUGAAAGCUUGCACUGGAAAGGUUUUUUUUUUUUGAGGGUUCACCGACUGUCUUCCAUUUUGAACCGAUGACAUGCUUUCCAAGUGACUGAGAAACCAUUUCUAAUCACAUUAACCUGAGGAACAAGUCCAAGGCCGGGAUAUACUGAUGCCUUCAUGUCCUGUUUUUACAAAGGCAGGAAGAAAACCCCUAAGAAACUCAUCGAAUACUUAAACAAGUUGGCUAAGUUUUAAACUAACUAUGGACCUAAACCUGUGUAUGGAUAUCAUCAUGUCCAGGGGCAUUUAAAAUGCCAUCCAGACUGAAUAUUUGACCACCUUUUUACCUUAUUGUCCAUCUGCGAUAUACAUUUAAAUGGACUGAUAUAUAACACUACAUGUUACAAGGUACUCAACAAUGCAUUUUUUUUCUCUCAUGGAGGAUGGGAUGAAUGCGUAAUGGACAUAUCAGGUGACGAAAGACAGUGCACAAGUAUUUUAGUGGUGAAGAAGAGAUGAACUUGUGUUUGAAUGGAAGUGGUGAACUGUGGAACUGACUAGAACUUGUUAUCUGUCCGAGCUGUAAAGUCGAGUAAAUGAAACCAACCCAAGACCUUACUUUAAAGAAGAGAACAAAGCUGCUCUCCCUCAUAAGGAGCUGUAAAUAGAAAUGUAUUUGAACAUAGUAUUUACACUAUUAUAAUGUACAGCAUUGUAUUUAUAAUGUAUCUCAAACUGUUUGAAUUGGUACAAGAUGUUCUAGAAUAGAACAUUUACAACCAGA